AACAUGUGUAUUACUAGUAAAGUAGAGUGCAAUGAUUGAUGACGUCACGAACAUGGAGGCAAUCAGUGAGAACUUUGACAAGUAUGCUUUUUAAAACUUGAAUUUGAUUGAGUUAAGCAGAUAAUAAAUUAAAGAAACCAUGUUGAUUGAAGUAGAGAUGAUGUGAAAAGUGAAUGAAAAAAGGUUUUAGUGCAUCGAUGGGGUGAAUUGUAGGAAAAAUCAUGUUUUAUUACACAUUGUGUUCAUGUGUGGAUUCUAAUUACUAUGAGUUGUGUAUUCCUUAAAAUUGGAUUAAAUAAUUAUGAAUAAUGUUAAUUGGAUUAACUAAUUAUGGAUGCUAUUAAUUGGAUUAAUUAACUAAUUAUGGAUUAUUUAAUUGAAAUAGAGUAGUGAAAAUUUGAAUCAUAUCACCACUGACUAUGGGUGAUAAGAAGAAUGAUUUAGAGGAGGUGAUGGGGAAUAUUGAGACCCAGUUACUGAAAGGUCUGCAGUCUGGGAACAAAACUGCAGCACAAAGAGCCUAUACAGACCUACAGAAAAGAGAACAAAUUUUACGGAUUAAAUGUGAAUACAAUGGAGAAAAGAGGAGUAUCAACAUACACAGACCACUGACGUACAGCCACCUGAGAAUGAAAGUAUCAGAGAUGUAUACAAUGGAUUUAAUGAUAUUCUUCACACAGGCAAAUGGAGAGGUACACAUACCAAUCACAAAUCAAAAAGAAUUAGAUGCAGCCAUUGAUCUGGUGGACAAGAAUGAGAAAAUCACAAGUCUUCGACUAUUCCUGUCUCCUCCAGCCGGCUGUGGUUAUACUAAUGUUCGAAAACAUCAGUCCAAAGACUCGGCUAGUGAGAGUGGAUUUGGUACAAUGUCUUCCAAACAUUCUGACUACCGAGAAUCACCUAGCCCACCACCUGGACACCUGCCACAUGGAAUAUCCCAUAGUGUUUCACGUACCUCUGUUAAUAGUGAAGGAGAGUUCAUUCCUGAGGAUGGGGAUGAGGGUGUAUACCAUAGUCCAGAAGGAUCAGGGAAAAUGACCGGUAGUAUCUCAUCACUGGACAGUGGAAGUUAUGCCAGUAGUAGUCAUGGUGACACGUACCCAUUUAGAAUACGAGCUGGUUCACGGAGAAGUGUAUUAACUGAUGCAUCAUCUAAAGAUGAAACAGGGGAUGGCAAAGUAUGGUUUGAUACGUUUCCACGGAAUUACAAUGUAAAUACACAUAACACUCAUGACAUUGAAGGCCACAGAACAUUCCCACGUGCCAGUAAUAUGGUACAGAGACGGCCUGAGUUAGGGAGCACACUUUUAUCCCGUGGGAGUUCAGGUGCUCUCAGCAAUAGUAGUAGCAGCAGUGGAUUCCCUCCAGAUCCCGACAUGGAUUCACCGGAGGGCCGACUCAGUUUAAAGAGAAAUAGUGAUAUAGAUAGUCCUGUGUUCAAUCCGGUGUCAGAUUUAGCCUUCUCUAAAUGUCUUUCACCGGACAAGCCUCCCCGUGCUCCAGUAAACUGGCAGAUGGGUAAACUGUUAGGCAGUGGAGCUUUUGGAGAAGUAUACCUGUGUUAUGACAGGGAUACAGGUCGAGAGUUGGCUGUUAAACAAGUCACUCUUACAAGUAUGAAUGCAGAAGCUUCAAAAGAAGUGCGAGCGUUAGAGAAUGAGAUACAAUUGUUGCGGAAUUUCCAACAUGAGAGAAUAGUUUCAUAUUUUGGUUGUCAACAGGGUAAAACUAGCUUAUCUAUAUUCAUGGAAUACUUAUCUGGGGGUUCAUUAAAAGAUUUACUUAACAAAUAUGGGGCAUUAACCGAAGUGGUUUGUCGCAAAUAUACUCGCCAAGUGUUAGAAGGGCUGGCCUUUCUUCACAAAAAUGUUAUUGUUCAUCGAGAUAUUAAAGCUGCUAAUAUUUUACGUGACAGUGAUGGCAAUGUUAAACUAGGAGAUUUUGGUUCUUCCAAACGAUUACAGACAAUUUGUAGCAUAGCAGGACUUAAAACUGUUGUAGGUACUCCCUACUGGAUGGCUCCUGAAGUUAUCAACGGAGAGGGAUACGGCAGAAAAGCUGACAUUUGGAGUUUAGGUUGUACAGUAGUAGAAAUGUUAACUCAGAGACCUCCUUAUGCAGAUUAUGAAUCGAUGGCAGCCAUUUAUAAAAUAGCCACAGAAGAUCAUCCUCAAUAUAAACUCCCUAGUAACAUUUCAAAGGAAUGCCAUCUGUUAUUAUCCUCGACUUUUAAGAAAAACGUUAAAGAUCGGCCAACGGCAGAAGACUUAUUACGGCAUAGAUUUGUGGUCAGUGGGCCGACGUGAUCUAUAUGUUUAUCAAAAUAAUGACCAAUAUCGAACAAAACCACCAAAAGUCUUUCAGAAUGAUCCGAUCAAGGGAGAUAAUCACAAUGAAAAUUGUUUGUGUUGUCGACAUUGAGGUUGCUUUGUACAAAAUGGUUGGCCAGUGUACUUACAUGAUUUAUUAGAUUUCCAUUGUAGACUUAUGUAUAAAUAAAAUUACAUAGAAUCUAUAAAAUAUUUUGGAAGAUAAAAAGAUGUAUUAUACAAGUCUGCGAAAAGUUUGCGAAAAAAAGAUACAAAAUGUUUACUUGAAAUACUUAAACACUCAUCUGAAGAAAAAAAAAAUUGUAAUAUGGAUAUAUUUAGUUUCUGAGUGAACGAGUUGUGUUGAGUUUAUGACAGUUUGAUGAUCCACUUAGUAAUCUAGAAAUAAAGGAUUUGAAUUCAUAUUUUAAAGAACUGUUUAUUUGAAAAGAGGAUUAAUGAAGACCAUGACUGAAAUCAAAAACUAGAGCUACAAGAUCAAACUAGGAAUGGAAAAAUUAAUGUGUUAAAACUAAUUAAGAGCUGUUUUCCAAAAUUGCUGUAUUUAAAAAUAAUAAUUUUACCACACUUUGAAAUUAGGGUCAUAUUUCACUAUUAGAUUGAAUCGGAAAAGCAUACUACUUUAAAAAAAAACGGUACUAGUUUUAAGGCACCAGAUGAAAAUGAUGACAGGAAAUACCACAAAUUAAGAUAAAUACGUAAUAGUAUUCUUUGCAAAAAGUAAAACUUACAAUUUAAAUUUUGACUGCAUUACUUGUAUGCAGUAUUUCCUAAAUUGCAAUAAUUAAACAAGCAUUUUGUCAGAUGGGCAACAAUAGUAAUAAUGAAUGCAUGCUGAAGUUUCAGGAUAAGAACAGCCAAUUGGGAUCCUUGUUUCUUGAUACUUACAGUGUUUAUGCAAGAAUAUCUUGCUUUCUCAUGAUGUGUCUAAUUAAGGUGACUGGGGUGUUUAAAUGUUCGACAAUAGAUUUUUCUAAAACUUUUGAAAAAGACUUCUGGGUGAAUGCACUUUGCAAAUUUCUAUAUAGAACUGGUGAUUAUGGUCCUUAUUUUUUGUCAAUAUACAUUGAAUUUAACAAAAUCACAAUUAUUUUAUAUGGGUUAAAUAGGGGAAACUUGAUUUUUCCUUAUAGAGAAAACAUUGAGUGAACAGAAUGGUUGAAACUCAAUGAGAGAAUUGCUUUUCUUAUAUACUUUUGAAUUAUCAAAUAAAAGUAGGUAGUCACAGGCCUUUUUUCUUGAAAAUCCUGAAAACAAAUUGUCCUAUCAAAUUCAGUAUGAUUAUCUACUGUUGAUCUUAAAAGGAUUAUUUUCUGAAAAUUUUAAAUGUAACUUAGCCACAUUUAAUUUUUUGGUUGUUCAAUCUUUAGAUUUCAAGUUUUAGAUAUUUUUUGUUGUAUAUUGAAUGAUGCUAAGUAAAUUAUUUUAAACCAAAAAAGUAUUUUUGCAACAUGCCCAGUAGAGAUGCUCAGAAAAAAACACCUGAUCAGUGUGAAACAAUUUUUGUAUAACCAUCAUGAUAACAAAUGGUUUGCAUCUCACAGCUUUGUCCUGGGUCAUGUGACUGCAAGGCAAAAUUCCUGCACCUAUAUCUAAAGUACCAUUGUUUACCGGUCGAAGUUAAAACUUCGGCAGUUCGUCCCUGUUGUCCCACCAGGUAGAAUCUGCCUAUUGUAUGAAUUGGUAUAAUAGUUUCUUAUCCUAAAUAUGCAUGAAAUAAUUGCGACAGGAUGUUCAGCAAGCAACAAUUAAUAAAGCUUUGGUCAUAUGGCAUGCAGGGGAAUGUGUUAUUAAAAACGUUAUUUCUAUGUCAGCUUUUAAUAAAUUACCUCAAAAUCUCAAUGAUCUUCAAUUAAAACAUAUCAAGAUCACAAAAGUCAGAAAUUGCUCUGUAAAUUUCACUGUAAUAUUGUAGAUUCAGAUCUUGAAAGAUUAUUUGACAUUUUCAAAAGCAUUUCCAUUAAAAAACCCAUUUAAAAGCAUUUUUUUACUCAGAUUUGCAAUCCAGAUACAAGAUAUUGAUGUAAGAUUGAAAAGUGCAUCUUUCAUGUUUUCAUAGUUCUAAAAUUAACAAAGAAAUAAAAAUUUUAUAAAAUCAUAAUAGGGCAUACUAACAUUUUGAAAAGUCUUUUUCAGAAGGCUGAAAGGGCUCAACCUCAGAGACACAAAUUUUAACCUGUAAUUGUGCAUAUUAUUUAAAUCAAGGCUAGAUUUAUGACAAUUGUUAGUCAGAAUAUUUAUAAAAUAACAGCUCUUUUGCAAAGGAAGAUGAUUUUACUUAAGGUAACAAGACAUUUGUACAAUUGUUUUAGUUGAAUUUAUUAUACUGUUUUAGAAUGAUAUUUUCAAAAAUAGUCUAUUUGCUGAUUUGAUUCUGUUAUUACACACUUUUAUCACAAGUUGUCUCCCUUUGCCAAUUAUAGACUGGUUCUAAACCAGACAAUAUGGUCUGCUGCCCAUGAAAAGCAUGAUGCAUUGAAAGUGAUAACACUUUUGAUAUCAACAGUUUUUAGCUUGAUGAAGAUAAUUGUAGUUAAAAGAUUUUAAAACAUUAAAUAAGGCAUAAAUAAAAAUAGAAAAUAUUUUCCCUCCUUAGGAAAACGUCUUGUAGAAAUUUGAGGUGGUACAUAACACUACAGGGAGAUAACUCUGUAAAAAUCAGCUGAACAUUUUAAUCACGUUCUAUUGUUAAGGAAAUAUUAAGCUUCUCAUUGAUCAAAAUUAGUGUUUGUCUAACUGCUAUAUAUCCAAUGAUUUUUUUUCCUAUUAAGUGUGUGGUUCAAGUUUUUUUAAAUUUUAUAUUUUUGUCAAAUGGGUCAAAGUAAAUAUUUUGUUAAAAUUUGAUGAAAAUUAAAUGAGCCAAAUUAAUUUUAGUCAAGGUGUUUGGUACCACCUUAAAGUAUAAGCAAAAAGACUAUUCUGUAAGGUUAUUUACAAUGUUUUGUUUCUCAGGUUUCUAAGAUGGGUUUAAAACAAGAAAUGUUAUUAUAAAAUGAAUGUUUUCUUUAGAAAUAUAUAUAUAUAUUUGAAAUGCACUGACAAAAUGAUCUUCCAAUAUUGAAAUUUGAUAAGCCCAUCAGUGUUUUUCCAGGAUCAGUGUUUUAAGGAAUUUCCGUGGUUUUAAUCUUUCUUUCUGACUGUUUAAUUUGAUGAUGGAAAGAGAAGGUUGAUCUGUUUUAUUACUUGUUUAGUUUGGUAUACAAAAAUAUCAGCAUUUAUUAGUCCCCUACCGACGAAGUCGAAGGAGACUUUAGGUUUGCACUCCGUCUGACUGUCUGUCUGUCCAUCCGUCAGUCCGGCAAAUGAGUUUUCAACACUUUUUUUCUUAGUGCUUGAAGAUAUUGAUUUGAUAUUUGGUGUAUUUGGUGUAUUGUUACAGUUACAAGUUACAGAUCAAGUUUAGAUUUUGUUCCGGUCUGAUGAUUUUAUUUAGAGUUAUGGUCCUUGAACUUAGAAAAUUCACUCAAUAAUCAGUUUUCCUCACUUUUUUUUGUCAUGCUUGAAGAUAUUGAUUUGAUGAUUGGUAUAUAGUUUUAUCAUGACAAGUAACAGAUCAAGUUCGAAUUAUGUUCCAGUCUGAUGAUUUUGUGCAGAGCUAUGGUCCUUGGACUAAGAAAAAGUUAUCUCAAAUGAUCAUCAGUUCAUCAGAUGGAUUUUGAAACAAAAGCAUUUGAUCACUUCAAAUUAUUUGGGGGAAAAGGAUGUCUCUUGAUUUUUCAUAUGAAAUGUAUGGCAAGAAAUGAAUGUUAAAUUGUGUCAAAAAUAUAUAAACAAGACUGACAAAAUAAUUUAUGAGCAUUUGAGAUAAAAUAAUUUAGGGAAAGAAGGGUUGGUGGGCAAAUAUUUGUACAGCCUAGUCUGGCAAAGCAUAAGGGGGUUUCAAAACAUUAAGGCAAAAAAGACAUGUAGACUGGUUCCCUGUAAAGCAGAAAAAUUUAACAAAUUCACGAAGAACCAAGGGUUAAAACUCAGGUACUAUGGAAUGGUAAACUUUCCAUCUUUUAGUCAACCCGACAAAUAGUUUGACAUAGCUAAAUAGUUCAUUAUUGAAGGCUUGCUUACAUCUACAUCAUUUGGUCGAUCUUUGAUAGUUGUGUCAUUGGCAAUAAUACCAUAUCUCCUUAUUUUUAGUUAUAUUUUAAAAAAGCAAAAAACCUGAGAAACCAAACACAUGUAAUGACCUAAAAGAGUUUGUUAUUGUAUGAAUAAAAACAAAUAUUUAUGUUGAUGGCUUGAGUUUGUUAUUGUACUAUUCUGUGAUUUGUUAAAUGAUAAUUUUGUUUGUUUUUUGUUUACAUUUUGUACAAAUUUUGUCUAUUUGUUUGUAAAUACUGUAUUAUAUGUUUGUAUAGUGCUUACUUUCAUGACAAUGUAUGAGUUAUCUAUCCCGGUUUGUAAGAGGCAAUUUCUCGAUUGAUAUACAACAUGGAAUACAGUGAAUAUAGUCUUUUUUGAACUGUUUAAUGUUUUUACAUGGAGUUAUUUUUAUUCUUUAAACUUUUGUUAAUUUCCUUACAAAACAAAACCCACAUUAAUGGCUUAUUCCUGUUUCAUAUUUUCCCAUGGGAAUAUUUAGAAUUACAACUCAUCCUAUACUAUAGAAAUUUAUAGAAAUUUUUUGUUGAUACAAAAAAAAGUUAUUGAACGAAAUGAAUGCUGCGCCAUAAGUGCUGGUCACUUCAGACAAUAUUUUCCUAUGAAAAUGUAUAACUGAGCUGUAUUUCACAUAUGAUACAAAGUUUCCAUUAUAUUUUAGAUAAAUGAAAAUAUUCAUUCUAUAAUUUCCGGUAAAAAAUGCAGUGUUGAUCAAAUACAGCCUGUGGUUACAUUUAACAAAUCAAAAUUAAGAUUCAUUUUAAAAUUCAUUUGAAAUGAAUUCAGUUUUAACAUGUAACAAGCGCAACUAAUAACAUGAAUAACAUUGUCAGUUUCAUGUUAAUACUAUAUGAAUGCAAAUAUUGACUGGAGUCUGUAAAUAGAUAAUACAUAUAUACAUCACUGUACAUAUUGUACAAGCACAUCCAAUUUAGAUGAAUGUCAAAUAUUUCCUGCUAAAAUAAUCUAUAUUUUUUGUUAAAAAACACAACAAAAUAUGCUAAAAACUGGAGAGACUUCAGUAUUUCUCAACCAUAUAUCAUUUUUAUUGCACAUCAAAACAUUUAAAAAAAGUUAUAAAAAUUAAAUGACCCUUGGGGAAAGUGGAGGGAAAUUUUCAAUCACUGUAGACCAAUUGAUUUUCAGGACUUUCACAAGUAGAAAAUAUACAAGAAUAUGAAACAUUGUAAAAAUGUCAAAUUUCAAUCUUCACUUCUGUGAAUACACAAAAAAGUAAAUAAAUUUCUAAGAUGAUAUUCCCUCCCAAGACCAUCACCUGCAAUAUGUUUGGAUACCUGAAACCUGUUUUUGACACUUAAACUGCCAAAUGAAUAUAAAAUUCUGCAAGAGAUGCAAAGAAAAAAUUUCUAAUGUAUUUCUUCAUUUUUUCAGCUUGGACCUGCCUAUUUCUCCUGUUAGAUUUAAAUUUUUAAAUUUGUUCUAUUUAAAAGAUUAGUGUUACUAAUAUAAAAUCCCCUCCCCCUCCUUCCAAAAAAAAAAAAAUUGACAACAGCUAUUUUUACUCUAUCAGAUGAGGGAAAUUAAACAAAUCAAUGUCAGUCUAUUAAGAUUAGAACUAAUGUUGUAUGACCUGAUGAAUAUUCAUGAUUGUCUUGUGUUCGUUUAUGGCCUAAUGAAUAUUCAUAGUUGUCUUGUCUGGCCUGAUGAAUAUUCAUGAUUGUCUUGUGUUCGUUUAUGGCCUAAUGAAUAUUCAUAGUUGUCUUGUCUGGCCUGGUGAAUAUUCAUGUACUGUAUUGUGUUCAACAAUUAUAAAAUGUUCUGUUCCACUGCUGUCUGUCACAUGUAUGUUAUUAUAUUUUGAUAGAAAGCUUGUAUUUUUUAAAAUGAAUUUGUAAAUAAAAUCAUAUUUCAUGGCUUAAGAAUAGAAUAUAUUUAUCAUAUAUAUACACUCAUAUCUAUAUCUACAUCAGUUUAAAUUUUUUUUAUUAAAAUAAAUGUAUUUUGUGAUUGUUAAAAGAUGAUAAUGUACAUGAAUGUGAACAUUUUUGAAAAGAAAGUUACCACAGUAAAAGAUUUUUCAAAUAUCAGAAAUUUACUGAUACUGUGAAAACUUGUGAUACUACUUCCAUUUGUAAAAUGAAAUCAUUACAUUAAAGUGCUGGUACUACAAUAGUGCAAUGGAGAGGUCAGUUGUUCAAAGUCUGUCACUUUCUAUCAAUAGGUCAAAUGUGAAUCUUUUGUAACUGCCAUUUUGAUUAGACUAUAUCAUAAUUUGGAGUGAAACUAAGAUUUUAAUGUACCUGCCAAAAUAGACAAAAUUUAAGGCUUAAAUAUCAUGUCUGCUACGGUUCAUUCAUACCAUGUAAAAGGCAAUUAGUAUUUUGUACUUUGAAUUCAAGAAAAUUAUAUUUUACUAAGAUGAAUGUUUUUUUUGUAAUUUAGUCCACAAAGUGACAGACCUUGAUUUUUUUCCCAUUCUUUUGUUUUAAUCAUGUGAUUUUGUAUAAAAAAGUCAAAUGUGAUUAUCAUUUGUUUUGUAUCAUGUGACAUUUUAUGUUUACACUUUGUGGACAUGUGACAAUUCAGGUUAUUUGUUUACUUAAGGCCACAUGUAAUGAAUUGUGUGUCUGCCUGAGGCACCUACAUAUUUUCAGAUUUUAUAAAUUCUUCUUUUAGUAUCAGAAGGUCUUCCUUUAAUGUGUUGAAACCAAAUGAUAUUUUGCAACAAAAUGUAUAAAGAAUGUUAACAAUUUAUUAUUGCAUAAAAACAAAACCUAGUUUCAAGUCGGAAGAUCAUUUAUUUUUCGCCUUUUGUAUGUUUUCUUUUCACAAAAGCUGUAUCAUGUGAUCCACAAUUUUAUAUGCUACAUUUGUCAUAUGACCGCACUUACUAUAUAUAGAUAUAUCAUGUGACUAUCACAACUUGAUCAUGUGACAAUUCACUGUACUAUUAUUUAAUAAAUAAAUAUCCUUGACCUAAAGUUGAGGAUGAAAGGUCACAACUGAAA